AAAUAUAAAAAUAUUCUGAAAAAAUGAUUUGUCGUCUGUGCCUGAACACGCUGGACGAGCAGAAUGCCGUCCUACUGUUCGGUGGCACCGUUCCCCCCGACGCCCCGCCGGACAGCGACAGUGCAGCGGCAGCAGGAACAGGAGCAGGAGCGCCAGCAGCAGCCAACAACAAACCAGUGCCGGAAAGCUAUUUGGUCCAAUUGAUCUCGAUCCACUUGUAUCUCUGCCUGUCACGCGAUGAUGCCAUCUCCACCUGCAUCUGCACCGACUGCUGCGGGCAGCUGGAGAGCUUCCACAAUUUCUGGAAGCUGGUGGAGCUAAAGCAGACGACACUGUGCAGCCAGUUUCUGGAGAUUGACUGCGAUGUGAACUGGUCGGAGGAGGGCGAUGUUGUUGAUGUCGAUGUUGACGUCGAUGAGGCGUCCCCUUGCCAGCUCCUCAAGGAGGAGCCUGAGUACGCCGAAUCGAAGACUGUCGCAGCAGCGGCGACGGCGUUGGCAGUCAACAAGUUUCCGUGCAUGUUUUGCGAAAAAUCCUUUAAGAUGCGCCGGUAUCUAGAGGAGCAUGUGGCCACCCAUACGGGCGACCGGCCAAUUGCCUGUCCCUACUGCGAAAUGGCCUUCCGCUGCCGCUCUAACAUGUACACGCACGUGAAGAGCAAGCACACUACCCAGUGGCUGAAGGCGCGCGAAGAGCGCGAUGCGGCCAAGUCCCAGAAUCAGGUGCAGACCCAGCCAGAUGUAUCCAGCGAACUAGCUGUGAUCAAAGAAGAGCCGCCACCAGCACCUACAGUUUCGCUUCCUUCUCCGCCGCCGCCGCCGCCGCCACUUCCACUGUCCGCCAUCAAGAGUGAUUCCAUCGAAGCCAUCAACUUAACGAUGGCCAAAACGUCUCCAUCCACGAUCCGCUCACGCACGACUCGGUCCAGCCGCCGCAAGACCCAGUCCCCCAAGAAGGUCCAAAACACCGAAUGCAGUGCCAGCGACGGCGAUGGGGAUGUCGAUGUCAAGGACAACAGCAGCAGCAGUCCAGUGCAUCACGAGCAUCACCACAACAAGCGCCUCAAGGAGAACGAACUGAUGCUGGCCAAUUACAAUGCAGUGGCCGCCGCUGUGGUGGCGGCGGCCUCGUUCAGCGACCGGACUGCCACCGGGCCGGCGGACAGCCUGCAGCAGCGUCUGUGUGCGAGCCUACUCCUCCAGCAGCAGCAGGAUCUCUUAACGGCCAUGACGGCAGCGGCGGCGAGUACGAGUGCAGCCACCACCAUAACGACAGGAGCAGGCGGAGGGCUGUCGCAUCCAUACAGCUCUGUGGCUGGAAUGCUGGACAAGCGGCGGCACAGAAUGGAGGAUAGCGCUCCUCUGCCUGCCACUGGAACGCCCAUCAUUUGUCCCAGCUGCGGGGAGCUGCCCGGCCAGAAUCAUCGCUGCCUGACAAAGCCCAAAUAUGCCUGCGAAGUGUGCGGCAAGUGCUUCAAGAUGAAGCGCUACCUGGAGGAACACUUUGCCACGCACACGGGCGUCAAGCUGCACACCUGCUCCUUCUGCCCCACAGAGUUUCGCUCCAAAUCGAAUAUGUACCACCACACGAAGCGCAAGCACAAAGUCGAAUGGGAGCGUUCGAGGGCCACGCGCACCGCUGCCGCUGCCAAAACGGUACAGACAGGUGCUGCCGGUGCUGUCCAGGAGGCAGCAGCCACAACAUCCGUUGCCGCUUAUGUGGACGCAGGGCACCCAUAGUUUUUAUAUUUGUAUUAUUCCUGUACUAUUCUAUGUUUUGUAUUGCAUGCUAGCCCAUAAUGUAUUUUAUGUACUUA